AGACGUUUGUCAAACCUGUCCUUGUUUCGGAAAACAACAUUCACCAAUCUCUAAGAGGCAGAAAGAAGAGAUAAAUCAACUGGUCAUCAUGCUUCGCCAGUUGCUACUAGUAAUAGUAGCUAUUUCUUAUGUGAACAGCUACAGCUACGAAUGUACUUAUAAUGGAAGGAAUUAUAGAGGAAUAUUUAAGAUCGACUGCAACACGUGUGUAUGUGACAGAAAUGGCAAACCAAUUUGUACAAAUUUACGUUGUGGUUAUGGGAAGGAACCUUCUUGUACCUAUCAAGGCAAACGUUACAAUGUAGGACAGACAUUCCAGCAGUCCUGUAAUACAUGUGUAUGCAAAAAUGAUGGCCAGAUACAAUGUGACAACAAAGACUGUACUAAACGAUGUAAUUAUAAAGGAAAGCAGUACCGAGAAGGUGAAGAAUUCCAAGACAACUGUAAUAAAUGUAAAUGUCAUUCUACUGGAUAUGUUCAGUGUACCAAUAAAGUGUGUCAGUGCCAAUACAAUGGUAACGUCUACAGAAUUGGAGAGAUGUUUAAUGAUGGAUGUAAGCCUUGCACUUGUCAAACUACAGGAAUAGUGCAGUGUAACAGUGGUAGAUGUGGAUGUUAUUAUAAAAAUAUACGAUAUGAAAACGGCCAAACUUUCACUGAUGAUUGCAAUGCAUGCGAAUGUUUAAAUAAUGGUCUGGUUAAAUGUACUAAGAAAAUUUGUAAGUGUUACUUCAGAGGAAAAGUAUUAAGUGUUGGUCAGAAAUUUGAAGGGGAUUGUAACACUUGUUAUUGUAGAGGCAACGGUCAGUUAGAAUGUACAAAGAAAAUUUGUCAAUGUACUUAUCAAGGACAGACAUAUCGAGUUGGACAAAUAUUUAGAAAUGAUUGUAACCAAUGUGAAUGUUUAAGAAGCGGUAUUGUGCAGUGCUCUAACAAACCAUGUAAUUGCAUAUACAAUGGAAACUCCUACCAAAUAGGAAGUACAUUUAAAAAGGACUGUAAUACGUGCACAUGUAAAGCUGAUGGGACUGUAGAUUGCACAACAAAUCAAUGUACCUGUACUUAUAAAAAUGAGGUUUAUAAUUUCGGAGCAACUGUAAUACAUGUAAAUGUGAAACGAACGGUAGAGUAA